AUGUAUCACGAAAGGGGUCGCGUUCCUACAGAUACCCCAGAAAUGGCAGCCGCACGGGAUCAACGAUUGACAAUCCAGAGACGCCACCGCGUGGAGCGACGCCAUGGCGUGCAGCCUUCACAAACCCCGACGUUAAGCGGCUUGAUUCGACAACAGCAGCUCAAUGCUCAGAACGAGGUGCCUACGACCAGCCGAGCUGAUUUGCUACCCGUGCAAGCAGCUGAGGGAGAUGGCGACGACCAGGAGACGCCGCUUUUGGCCGAAGACAUUGCAAUCAAGAGGGAUUUCGACGAAGCGCUUGCCGCAGAGGAGAUGCAACGAUGCCUGCGUUGCAAGGAGCGCUGGUUUGACAUCAAGCUCAUGGCGGAUGGCGUUUGUAAGCGCUGCCACGACAAGGAUGACAAGAAACGGCAGGAGGAACCUUUUUUUUUCUCCGCAGAGAACAAGCUUGAUUUUGGCCCGCCCCCCCCUGUUCUCAACAAGCCGCUAUACUCAACGCGCGACGACCUGAAGGACAUCGAGAUUGUCGGGCGUAAUGCGUACCUCUCAUUCGACAAGUCGGUGUUUCUGACCACAAUACAGCGGCAGCAGGGCGAAGACCAGGCCCCGUUUCGGCGGGCCUUGGAAGAACUGCGAAAGGCUAAUGUGUCAGUGCCCUCCUGGGAACUCCUUGCUUCGAGGUGUUCUGUCAAGCUUUCUCUCGAGGAGGCUGACAGCUUUGCUGAUGCGCUUCGCAUCUAUCCCACCAAGGCCCAGGUCGUCGAGUACAAUCACCAACACAUGCUUGGCCUGGACAGCCCCGCCAUUCAGGUCGAGGCAAAGCACGAGGGUGUGGGUGCGGAGAAGGUUGAGUCCUCAAAUGCCGGCAACUUGGCCAAGCGCUUGCCCCUGUGUGUUGGUUGCAGGGUGAUGCUGGCGCGGAACUUGUGGGCCGACGUUGGGCUCGUCAACGGCGCACAGGGCACAGUCCACGAUAUAUUCUGGAAGGAGGGUGCUAACGUACUGCAAGACCCGCCCGAGAUUGUUAUGGUGGCCUUCGACGACUACACAGGCCCAGCCUUCGCGAUGCCGUGUGGGGAGGAGCUCCGCAGAGGAGAGAAGUUGGUGGUCCCCAUUCUUCGCGCACGGCAGGAUUUCAUAGUUGGUGCCAGAUCCUGUCACAGAGAGCAGUUCCCUUUACUGGUGAGCUACGAAAUCACCGUCCACAAGUCACAAGAUAUCACUCUUGACAAGGUUGUCUGCGAUAUCUCCGCCCCAGAGUUCUCUUCUGGCCUCUCCUACGUGGCCGUUUCGCGGGUGAAGACACUCGGCGGGCUGAUGCUUGAGAAGGUCUUCGACCGCAGCAGGGUCUAUCGCGAGACACCAUCGCGAGCUAUGGGGUUGAAGUUGUUGGAUCACGCCACCAGGCAACUGCAGGUGUUAGAUGCAGUGGUGGCGAAGGAUCGCUCAGAGGAGUCUGGUUGGGAUACAGGCAGCGAGAAUGGGAGUGUAGAGGCCCGCGACCCUGCAGGUCCGUGUCGCCGUCCCAGAUGGAACCUGAACCAUCAACACCACUCAAGCUUUAAUGCCAUCACGUUUCCGCCCGCCAUGGUCAAGUCCACCUACCAACCUUCUUCCGCCGCACUGCAGCCGUUACCCCCUGGCUGGACCGAACACAAAGCACCGACCGGACACACAUACUACUACAAUGCAGAAACGAAGGAGUCGACAUACAAGCGGCCGGGUGUUGUUGCGCCCGUCGCUCACCCGACAAACCCGGCCAUGAGCAGCUACAUGCAGCACCAGACCGUCCCGCAAGUCAACCUAUCUGACCCGAAUGUUGCCAAUGCCUUCAUGGCCCAGUACACACAACCCCAACAACCCCAACAACCACAUGGCCAGCGGGGGGGAUAUGGCUCGGGAGGCAGGGGAGGGUUCCAGCCCAGGCCACGCCCGCAGCCGUCUGACAAGCCACGGUCCAAGAUCGCCAUUCCUGGCUGCGAGCCCUGGAUACUCGUCUACACGAAAUACGGCCGCCGGUUCGCCUUCAAUCCCGACAAGAACGCGAGCUACUGGCGCAUCCCCGAGAAACUCAUGCCCGCGAUCCUCGAGUUGGACCAGGCGCGCAUUCGAGAAAAGGCCGAGGGGAAGCCGGCCGAGCAACGACAAAAACAAGAGCGAAGCUCCAAAGAUGCCAAGGAGUCCCAGAAACCCGCGGCGGACGUAUCUCAACAAGAGGCCGCGCAGGACUACGAUAGCUCCGAGUACGAAGAGGUCGAGGUAACAGACGACGAGGGCGCCGAAGACGAGCUCGACCAAGACGGCAACCCCCGCAAGCGGCAACGCACCGACGAGCCCGCGGCCGACGAGGGACCCGCCGAAUUCACCGAAGCGGACAUCGCCGCGCAGCUGGCCGCCAUGGGCGCCGACUACGGAGCCGACGACGACGACGCAUACAACGACGCCGAGAUGGGCGAGGGCGGCGAGGGCUGGGAAGAAGGCGACGAGGGCCUGCCGCUGUCCGACGAGGACGCGCGCGAGCUGUUCAAGGACCUGCUCAACGACUUCCACAUCAACCCGUACAGCCCGUGGGAGAAGCUGAUCGAAGAGGGCAAGGUGUUCGACGACGCGCGGUACGGCGUGCUGCCCACGACCAAGGCGCGCAGGGAGGUGUGGGAGGAGUGGUCGCGAGCCAAGAUCCAAGACCUCAAGGAGCGGCGCGCCAAAGAGGAGAAGAAGGACCCGCGCAUCCCCUACCUCGCCUUCCUGCAGGCCAGGGCCACGCCCAAGCUGUACUGGCCCGAGUUCCGGCGCAAGUACAAGCGCGAGGACCCCAUGCGCGACCCCAAGCUGCCGGACAAGGACCGCGAGAAGUGGUACCGCGAGCACAUCAACCGCCUGAAGCUGCCGCAGGCGACGCUGCGGUCGGACUUGAAGAAACUGCUCGAGGCGGUGCCGCUGUCGGCGCUCAACAACCAGACCCUGCCGACCGAACUCCCACCGCAGGUGCUCGCUGAUGUGCGGUACAUCUCGCUGGACCCCAAGGUGCGUGAUCCGUUUUUCGAGGCGUACAUCCAGGGUCUGGGGCCGCCGCCGGAGGGGAGGGAGGCUAUGGAGCAGGAGGAUGAGGCGGCGAAGAAAGUGCGCGAGGAGAGGCGGCGGCGGGAGAGGGCGCUGGAGGAGCGGGAGCGGGCUGUUGCUGAGGAGAAACGGCGGCAGGAGAAGAAGGUGCAGUAUGAGCGGGCGCGGUUGCGGGACGAGGAGCGGGAGAUUGAGCGGGCGAUGCACGUGGGUAAGAAGGGGCUGCAGAGCCAGUUGGCGAGGGAUCAGGAGGAGGGGUAA